AUGAUAUGUGAUCUCCUGGAUACAAUCAGACACACACACAAGUACCAGGCACUCCUGCUCAGCUGAGCAAAAUGUCUUUCUCCUAGAAGUGGGUGCUCAUCACAGCCUUCAGAUCCUUGACGAUGUUGCCAUGCUUUCCUUCCUGCCUCCUGCCUUUUGCUGGCUUUGCCUGCCUGCUUUUCCUGCCUGGGGGUCAUCUUUGCCCUGCUGUCUGUAGCUGUAUGGACUACCACACCAUAGACUGCCGGGAUCAAGGACUCCCAAGUGUUCCUAAUCCCUUUCCAUUGGAUGUACGGAAACUUCUCAUAGCUGAUAACAACAUUCAGGCGAUACCAGCUGACUUCUUUGUAUUUUAUGGAGAUCUAGUCUAUUUGGACUUCAGGAAUAACUCCCUCACCUCUUUAGAAGAGGGCACAUUUAGCAGUUCUACCAAACUGGUGUAUUUAGACUUAAGCUACAAUAAUUUAACACAGCUUGAUGCUGGGAUAUUCAAAUCAGCAGAAAAACUGAUAAAACUGAGCCUUGGAAACAAUAACCUGGUGGAUGUGGACGAGGCUGCUUUUGAGAACCUGGACCAGCUCCAAGUGCUAGAAUUGAAUGACAAUAACUUACAGAGCCUAAACGUGGCAGCCCUGGAAGCGCUGCCCUCCCUGCGGACCAUCCGCUUGGAGGGCAACCCUUGGGUCUGUGACUGUGACUUUGCCAAUCUUUUCAGCUGGAUACAGGACAAUGCAUCCAAGCUCCAGAAAGGUCUCCAUGAAAUCCAGUGUUCCCUGCCCGUGGAGAACAGAAGAAUCUUUCUGAAUGAGUUAUCUGAGGUCAGCUUUAGUGAAUGCAAAUUCAGUUUGUCAUUGACAGACCUGUUUAUCAUCAUCUUCUCUGGAGUUGCCGUGUCCAUCGCUGCAAUUCUCUCCAGCUUCUUCCUGGCCACCCUGGUGCACUGCUUCCAGAGGUGUGCUCCCAGCAAGGAUGAUGAUGAUGAAGACGACAGCGAGGACUGA